UUCCGGGCUAAAUGUUACGUGUCACGUAGACCAACUAAAGACAUACCGAGACUCAGCAACCACAAGAGAGUGAGACUGAUCAUGAGUCAAAGAUGCUUUAACGCCUCGAGAUAACAUAUACCCAAAUCUGCCACUUCAAUAGACAAGGAUAGCUCUACACUGUGGUGACGGUAUUCUUCAGUAAAAGGGGCGGUGGGGUAGCCCAGUGGUUAAAGCGUUCGCUCGUGACGCCGAAGGCCCGGGUUCCCCACAUGGGGAAAUGUUUAAAGCUCAUUUCUGAUGUCCCCGCCGUGAUAUUGCUGAAAUAUUGCUAAAAUGUGGUGUAAAACCAUACCCACUCACUCUCUCACUUACUCGUCAGUGAAAUAUUCUUCAACUGCCUAGGCUGGACAUUUUGAAGCUAAGAAUAAAUGCUACAUUACAUCUAUCAUAUUACAGUCACAUCUACAGUUACUCAGAAAACAGGAGAUAGUUUUCGUUUUUGCUGAUUUGUUUCAUCUCUGAAUAUACUGUGCUCUAUGGUCUUGCGGCUAUCACCUGUUUCCUAGCUGUCGGGCCUUUGAGGGAGAGCCUCACUCUGACCAGGUCUGUUUCCUUUCUGAUAUUCUUUGAUAUUAAUCAUUUCUGGUGUUGGUCGAGUCGUAAAGUUAAGGCGUGUUCAACUUCUAUUAGCGAGUUCACUAAUCUUCAUCCAUUAGACUUUUUGUCUAAUAUUCUUGAAGAUGUUGCAGGGGCACCUGCAUUGGUACAUAUGCUCAACGAAUAACCCUUUGCUAUUUUCUCUUCCAUGAAGAAUACUUCCAAGGGUACUACCCCUCUUGGUCUCCCCCUUGACCCUGGGUGUGGCCGGACUCGGGGCUGCUUCCACGACUGCCAGAGAGGCAGGUGCACAUAUAUCGUCACAUGGGUGGACGCUGGGGACGUCAUCACAUUUGAUAUGAAGAAGAUCGAGCCAGCAAGUAGCGAGAGGUGGAUGGCCAUUGCUUUUUCAGAGGACAGGAUGAUGGGAGAUGAUGCUGUCAUUGAAUGCGUGAUCGACGCCGGUUUUGUCCGCGUGUACAGCUCCUACAACGAUGAUAAGAUCAACAUUCGCAUGGAAGACAAAACUGCCGGUCUGAGUAACGCUGCAGGCUCAUACGUCAACGGCGUCCUCGAGUGCAGCUUUGACCGCGUUAAGAGGGAUGACUUCUACCCACAUUUGAAGGACCUUAACAACGACUACUACCUUAUGUUUGCCGACGGGGAGGCCAUCAGUGGAAGCAUCUUCCCUCACCGGUACGACGUGCUGCCGCCAGUGACUGACGUGAUGGUUGACCUUCAGAGCAUGGAGAGUGUGGGAGGUGAGGGACCUAGGUUUCCGCUAGUGCUGGCUCACGGCUGCAUGAUGAUCAUGUGUUGGGUGCUACUUCCGGGUAUUGGGCUUGUCACAGCCAGGUACGGAAAACCAUUGCUGCCAAAAACCCACUUCUUCGGACUGAAAAUAUGGUUUCAGAUCCACCGUGGUUGUAUGGUGACAACAGUGUGUAUGACCAUCCUUGCGGCACUAAUUGUUGUCGUGGAGUCGGAAGGAUACAGCAAGAUUCCAGCGAUUCCAGGCAAGCAGUAUCAACAGUUGCAUCCUCCUCUCGGCAUCAUCGUCAUCGUCCUCGCCAUCACCAACCCAAUCAUGGCGUUGUUUCGACCAGGCCCCGAGUCCGUGGGGAGACAACUCUUCAACUGGGCCCACUGGGGAGUAGGGGUUGUCUCCGUGGUAUUGGCAAUAAUUACUAUAUUCAUCGGCCUUGACCUGACAAAGGCAGGGUCAUCAUCAGCGCCGAUAGCUGUCAUGGCGGUUUACGUCGUGUACUUGGCUGCGUACCUAGUUGCAAUGGAACUUCUUCCGACUGUUCUCAAGACUCUUGCAGCUAAGCAGACCAAGUUCGAGCUGAGUUCCAGUCUGAAUUUGAGGCGUGGUUCUCACAAGGGUUACGACGUCACCACCCCUCCCCCUACAGCUCCUGUCGCUGUCAUUACUCAACCCCCACCAACUAUAGAACAGGAGAACCGAGUCAAGACCAUCAUGCUCCUGGUUCAUUAUGUCAUAACCGGUCUACUCUCUGUCGUCAUGGUGAUUCUUCUAGCAACACAUCCUCACUGAAAUUAAUUGCUACGCCUUUGUAGCACAAAAUUAUACAUAAAAUACGUUUGGAUGCUAUCUUCUUGUGUCGAAAUUGCCGAAAUAUAUAUGUACAUAAGACGUGGCAUACAUUUGUACAGUUUUCGUGUUAUUUAUAUUAACUUGUAUAAUAACAUCUCUAAUAAACUGGUGACUGUAUACACUGGUUAAUUGGAGAUGAAACAUUUUUGUUAAGCCCCUUCUGCAAUGUUUGAUACUUUUCUAUUUUGAAUAGUUGUCUGGGUAUUCUUCCUAUGAUUUAGAAAUGAUUUUAAACCGAAUACGACGUUGUAUGACCUCAUGUUCCUAUUAUACAUAUAUGUGUACAUAUUAAUAAGAUGUCACGUUUAAAAUAGUUCCAUUACUCUGCAAGAAUGAAAUAAAAAAAAUUCUUCUAAUCGAAUAGGAUAUAGGGUACCCAUGCACCCAAAGAUAAUAUUUUGUUUAUUUACAUUUUUAUUAUCCUUAAAGUGUCUACUAAAUAUUUUUAUGUUCACAAGGCGAAAUAUUGUCUCAUAGUGUCCAUUGG